AUGGCGUCGACGACUUGCGCAAGGGAAGUGCAUUACAGAGGAGUAAGGAAGAGACCUUGGGGUCGUUACGCGGCGGAGAUUAGAGAUCCUUGGAAGAAAACUAGGGUUUGGUUAGGCACUUUCGACACUCCUGAAGAAGCCGCUCUCGCUUACGACGGCGCCGCCCGUUUCCUCCGUGGAAUCAAAGCCAAGACUAACUUCCCUUCUCCUCUCUCCCUCGAUCUCAACCACAACCCUUCAGCUCCCUCUGCCGUCGCCGCCGCCGCAGAGAACCACCAUUACCAACACCAACACCGUCGAAACCUCUGGUCUUCCGCACAUCCUCCUCCUCCUCCGAUUCCUGACCACCACCAGCACCACCGAAUCUUUCUCCGAACCGGUGUGCUCAACGAGAAAACUUCCGAUCUCCCCUCUAUAGAAGCGCCGCUUUACUUUGCCCCCUCGCCUGUCGCUGCCACGUCAUCGCCUCGUGUGGUUGGGUUUCCAAUGAUGAGUUCCUCUACUUCCUCCCCUACGGUGAGACGUGGGUUAUCCAUUGACCUCAACGAGCCGCCGCCGCUUUGGCUGUGA